CGUUUCCAUCCCAUCUGAUUUGCUGUUCAAAGUCCGGUGAAAUAAAACGAUCCCUGUCUCGUUGCACAAGUGUCAAUUCAUUCAACCCUAACACAUAAAUUGCAGGGGGGAGUGUUGAGUCGCGUCAAAUGAGAUAAUACACUUACACACAUUCCAACACACGUGACGGAAGAUGUUGAUCAGUGGUGUAAUAAACCUCACCUGGCUCAACCUUUAUCACAAAGCCAUAAUACACAACUAGAUUGUCACAUGUUGCUGUACACCUCAAGACCAGGAGGACUAAGGCGGUCUACAGGUUGCACAGCUACACUAUAUAACAACACAGCAGACGACGCUGACAUUCCAAAGAGCGCUUCAACAUGACUGUGGCAAGCGGCGUAAGAGAAGACGCCAAGUUAGAGAGCGUGUUCCUGCAUCCUCUCGGAGGAAGAGGAGCAGCAGCGGCCGUCCCCCAAGAACAGGAGCCGCUGUGCAUCUUCGGGACGGGGGAUUUGGGACGCUCUUUGGGCCUGCGCCUGCUGCAGACCGGCUGCAGGGUGGUGUACGGCAGCCGCAGACCUCACAGCUGCGGCCCUUUGCCUCAAGGAGCUCAGGUGAUGAGCCAUGAGGCGGCAGCCAAGCCAGCUCGACUCAUCUUCAUUUGCGUUCACAGAGAGCAUUACGCAUUCAUGGACACACUGACACCUUCUCUGGAAGGAAAGGUGUUGGUGGAUCUCAGUAAUAACCUGAAGAAAGACAUGUACCCAGAAGCUAACGCUGUCUACUUGCAGAGACUGGUCCCUGGAGCAACUGUGGUGAAAGGCCUUAACACACUGUCUGCCUGGGCUCUGCAGAACGGUCUUCUGACAGGAAAACAAGUCUACGUGUGUGGGAACAGUGCUGAGGCAAAGCAGGCUGUAGCCGAGGUGGCCACCAAGAUGGGCCUCAACGUUUUGGACAGGGGUUCUCUGUCGGCAGCCCAAGAACUGGAGGACUUCCCCUUGCAGCUGUUCCCCGAGUGGAAGCUCCCUCUCCGCAUUGCCGUCGGCCUCGCCGCCUUCUUCUAUUUCUAUCUGCUCAUCAGAGACGUCAUCUACGCCUACGUGGAGCAGGGCAAAGACAUCUCCUACAGAAUCAUGGUGUCCCUGGCCAACAAGGUGUUUCCCAUCGUGUCACUUGUCAUGCUGUCGCUGUGUUACCUGCCCGGUGUUAUAGCCGCCUUCUUUCAGCUCUACAGAGGCACUAAGUACAAGCGAUUUCCUAACUGGCUGGACCGUUGGAUGCUGUGUCGGAAGCAAAUGGGCCUGGUUGCUUUGGGCUUUGCCUUUCUCCACGCCAUCUAUACAUUCAUUAUUCCUAUUCGCUACUCUGUCAGACAUAAGCUCAUCUCCCGAGUGGUGGACGAGAUGAAGAACAACAAAACCACGCCGUUUGACUUUAAUUAUACAGAAGCAUGGGGAACGGACUCGUUCUACAUGCUGGGCAUCCUGGGUUUCUUUCUUUACGUUCUACUCGGCCUGACGUCGCUGCCUUCUGUGGGAGGCUCGCUCAGCUGGAGGGAGUUCAGCUUCAUUCAGUCGAAGCUGGGCCACCUGACUCUGUUCAUAUGCACGGCACACGGUUACAUUUACGGCUGGAACAAAUUCCUCCGCCCUUCGACGUACAAGUGGUACACCCCCCCGGGCUACAUGCUGUGUCUGGUGGUACCCUCCGUGGUGCUUGUGCUCAAAAUGCUGAUCUUGCUGCCCUGCGUGGAUCGAUCUCUCACCCGCAUUCGACAGGGCUGGGAGAGGGCCCCGAGCGCGGAGGCGGGCCAAAGCAGAGCCACAAACCUGUGACCAUCUGAGCUCCCAAUUCAUCGGAAGUGAACUCUGUGCGAUCCGGGUUGGAAAAGACUUUCAUCAACUUUCUUCAUGAGUAAUGUUGAUUGGUUUUGCUCAUGCAUUCUCCUGGUAUUGUGGAGUGUCUACAAGGUAGAGCAAGUUCAUUUUGGGGGAGUUGGAGCACGAUUGCGGCCUUUGAACAAGAUAACUUCAACCAAAUGGAAAGACCGUCCAGGAUAUGACUCUUUCUUUUUCUGAGCUUUGAGAGAAUUUAUGUGUUUGUUGUUCCUCUUUUACCAAAUGUGUCAAAAAUAGACUUCUAUCCCUUGACGACACACAUUGUUUUGAUAAACAGAGGCAAUCAUUUUCAUUCCUCUCCCACCAAGUGGAGCAUCCCUGAAGCUGCUUUCGUGCGCAUUUCCCUAAAUUUCCCUCCCUCUCAAGGGCACUGCACACACAAAAUUAGAAUAAAGUGGCCACCGCAGUGUAACAACUCUCCCUCAGCUGGUUUGAUUAAACACACUUCACCCAGUCUAAAUUGGUGGUACAAGGACAGACAGGUUUAGAAAGCAGAGCAUGAAAACACGGCGGUGUGUUGUGGUUAUAUGUAUCCGUGCAGUUGGAGUUAAGUGUUUUAUUGGUGCUGUCAUCUUCUGUCCUUCAUAUCAUAAAUCUGUUUGUGCAACACGUCAUUGUUCAAUGUGAUUGAGCCCAAAUAACCAUGUGUUAUCUAUCUUCCCAAAAAAACA